AUGAAAACUGAGCGGAGAAGCACCAUAGGACCCGGCAACCCCGUUCCUGGGCACAGGUCCAGAGAAAAGACAGUGCGCCCCAGUGUUCCCGGCAGCACAGUGGGCAAGAGCCCAGACACGGGCGAAGCCUACGUGGAUGGGGACAGACGGACGGGAUCAGACCAGAAGCGGCCCGGCUGCAGCGUCCCAGGCUUCCAGCAGGAGGCGCUGCCCCGGACGCCCGGGAAGGACCGUCCUGCGGGCUCCAGUGGAGACAGCAGGUCCGUCCAUCCUGAUGGUCAGUUAGCGGGAGCUCGACAGACACCCCCACCCCUGCUCUUUCCUCUCACCGACUUCCUGUCGGUGACCCCACCCUGCUCCUGGCUGUCACCCCCAGAGUGGGAGCUUGAGCUACACCUGGGGUGUGUUCAGGUGUGUGGGUUACCUUCUGAGAAAGGCGUUGGAAGUCAGAGGAUUCCAGGUAAAGAGCAUCAGAAAAAUGAAGAGAAGUUCUGUGUGUCAGAUUACACGAAGAACCAUAUGAUGUCGAACCAUGACCUGGGAAGAAUGGAGUUUAAGCAGAAGCUGCCUCCUCAGCCAGGGAGGUCAGUGGACCAGGCAGAUUACACAAAGAACCAUAUGAUGUCAAACCAGGACCUGGGAAGCAUGGAGUUUAAGCAGAAGCUGCCUCCUCAGCCAGGGAGGUCAGUGGACCAGGCAGAUUACACAAAGAACCAUAUGAUGUCGAACCAGGACCUGGGAAGCAUGGAGUUUAGGCAGAAGCCGCCUCCUCAGCCAGGGAGGUCAGUGGACCAGGCAGAUUACACAAAGAACCAUAUGAUGUCGAACCAGGACCUGGGAAGCAUGGAGUUUAAGCAGAAGCCGCCUCCUCAGCCAGGGAGGUCAGUGGACCAGGCAGACACAGACACAUUUCUCCUGCUCCUGAGGGGCGAGCCGAGCUCCCCAAGUGCUGGUGGCGAUGGAGAAAGCGAUUUCCAAUGA